CCCCAGUGCUGCCUCUGAGAUUAGGGCAAUGAAAAAAUAUUCCAGAAAAAAAUAUAACAAACAUUUAAGGAUUUUGAUAGACAGAUGAGUCCAGGCAAACGCGGGCCGCUGAGCGACGCAAACGAGUCGCGACCGAGCCUCACCGUCACAGAUAUGGACACAGUGCACGAGGAAAAUGACAAUGAUAGUGAUGAAUCUUCUUAUUCGGACCUGGGUCGCCUCCGGGAUCGAACCCGCGCCAUGUUGGAGACACCCGCCGAGCCAUUGGUGCAGCAUGCGCAUUCACAGCCCAGCAGCCGCAGAAUGUCUUCUGAUAUUGAAAGCAAACUAGCAGCUAACCUGAAUACUCGGCGACCAUCAGCAAUCAUCGCAGCGUUCCGACGACCAUCGCAGGCGCUCGCAUUGUGUGCCGCAACUCAACGCAGAUUCCUGUCCGAACUGUCACCACAUUCGCGUGCCUCCGUCGCUUCCACCGUACACGAACACCCGCCGUCGGCAGCAGAGAUUUUGGGACACGAAGCUCUAAGCAAAGCGUUGUCAGCGCUCUAUGCCAAACUUUUAGUGGUUCUGGGACUAGCAUUUCCUGUCACAGAAGUCAUUGCUAAUGGUGUUCCAGAUACAUAUUAUCAGGGUUUUUAUCUAUAUCUUUAUCUAGUUUCUCUUCUAUUUGUAAUAUUUCAAUAUGCAACUUUAAUGCGCCAAAAAGCAGUGACCCUAAUUAUACAUACCCUAGAAGACCCUGAAAAAGAAGAAAAAAAUGGCAAAACCACGCCAGGUGAAAAAGCGAAGCCAAAAGAAAACAAUCUCUCUCGUUAUGGAAGUUUCUAUUUAAGAUUAGGUGCUAUUGCAUUCGGCAUUGGGUCUAUGGUGUACAGUGGUUUAGAGUUCGGUGAAUAUUUUGAAAUGACAGAUCGUUGCCGAUCUGUUCUUGCAGUUAUAACUCCAGGUUUGCGGAUGGCGCUGACGUUAGCACAAAUGCAAUUUAUUUUUCUAACAAAUAAAGAUAUCGAAGCAAGUAGUUACAAGUUGAUUCAGAGAUUUGGAUUUAUGCAUAUGAUCGCUACGAAUUUGUGCGAGUGGCUAUACGUUUUGGUUGAAGAAACAAAGCACGAAAUACAUCAUUUAGAAAUUCAUCAUAUCUCGAAUAGUACCCACCUCAAUGACACUUUUGAAAUACAUUGUCGAAGAGCCAAUAUUAUGGGAGCGCUCCUGCAGAAUGCGUCACCUUUUCUAUUUCCAUGUACUAUCGAGUAUUCUCUUAUUUGUGCUGUAAUUUUGUAUGAAAUGUGGAAGGAGGUAAAAUGUACGCCAGAAGACUUUGAAAAAAAAUUCAACUAUACUAAAGCCAAGUCCCGUAAUAACUCAAUGACACCUGAAAAAAUUCUACAACAAUUCGCGGGCAUGCUAGGAGUAAGUUCCCCACACGGAAGCCGGGCAGCACUUCAUCACUUCUCUGUAGACUGCUCUCAUGCACACCGUGGACUCUUUGCUGGAAUUCUGCUUAUAGUCAUCACUAUUAUUUCACUCAUCAUGUUCUUCGUGUUAGUGAGCAAUCCGGAGACUGUUAAUGAUGCCAUAUUUGAAGUGAAUAUAUGCGAGCUCGUUCUCUAUUCAUUGACUCUCUUAGCUGCAGCGGCAGCUAUCAAGCAAAUGCGAGUGUUGCCAUAUAAAAGGAGGUCAGAAGCGGUACUCGGGCUUGACACGUCGCUCCUGAUUCUUGCACAGUCGGGCAUGUUCGUGUACUGCAUGUUCAGUUUAAUUGGAUGCCACCAUACAAUGCAAAGCGAUCAGGGCGCUGGUCUCACUGGCUUUUUUUCUGAAUUUUUAUCUUUAAAUCAGACAAUAUUACAAUCCUUGUUCAUAAUAGACGCUUGGUGGCGCCGUAGUGCCACUUCAGAACAGAGGCGGGAGAAGCCUGGUCGACAACUAGUCACAUUUUUACUCGUCGCUAACAUGGCAAUGUGGGCCAUUAAUACACUUGAGAAAAACCGUGCGGAGUUUAGGCCAGCUCAUCUUUCAUUCUACGGACCCUGGGCGUGGACAAUCAUCACACAUGUGUCUAUGCCACUCGCCAUCUUCUAUAGAUUUCACUCUACUAUUUGCCUCUUCGAAAUUUGGAGACAUAGUUUUAAGAAUAAACCAAUAUAUCUGGAUGUAUAA